AUGGCCAGCAACCUGUCCUUCGUCCUCAACAAGCCCGGUGACGUCUCCUUCGAGGAGCGCCCCAAGCCCACCCUCAAGACCCCCCACGACGUCCUCGUCGCCAUCAACUACACCGGCAUCUGCGGUUCCGAUGUCCACUACUGGGUCCACGGCGCCAUUGGCAAGUUCGUUGUCAAGGACCCCAUGGUUCUGGGCCACGAGUCGUCCGGUACCAUUGUCGAGGUCGGUGAGGCCGUCACCACCCUCAAGGUCGGCGACCGCGUCGCGCUUGAGCCUGGAUACCCGUGCCGACGAUGCCCCAACUGCACCGCUGGCAAGUACAAUCUUUGCCCGGACAUGGUCUUCGCCGCCACCCCUCCCUAUGACGGCACCCUGACCGGAUACUGGGUCGCCCCCUCCGACUUCUGCUUCAAGCUGCCCGACAACGUGUCCCAGCAGGAGGGUGCUCUGAUCGAGCCCCUGGCCGUCGCGGUCCACAUCGUCAAGCAGGCCAACGUGAAGCCCGGCAACUCGGUCGUCGUCAUGGGCGCCGGCCCCGUCGGUCUGCUUUGCGCCGCCGUUGCCAAAGCCUACGGCGCCACCAAGAUUGUCAGCGUCGACAUUGUCCAGUCCAAGCUCGACUUCGCCAAGGACUUUGCUUCCACCCACAUCUACACCUCCCAGCGCAUCUCCCCCGAGGAGAACGCAAAGGCGCUGCUGGAGCUCGCCGACCUGCCCGACGGUGCCGACGUCGUCAUUGACGCCAGCGGCGCCGAGCCCUCGAUCCAGGCCAGCAUCCACGUCGUCAAGGUUGGCGGCCACUACGUGCAGGGCGGCAUGGGCAAGUCGGACAUCACCUUCCCCAUCAUGGCCAUGUGCAUCAAGGAGAUGACCGUCAGCGGUUCGUUCCGCUACGGCCCCGGCGACUACCCUCUGGCCGUCGAGCUGGUGGCCAGCGGCAAGGUCGACGUCAAGAAGCUCGUCACCGGCACCGUCGAGUUCAAGCAGGCCGAGGAGGCCUUCAAGAAGGUCAAGGAGGGCGAGGCGAUCAAGGUGCUGAUUGCCGGCCCCAACGAGACUCUGUAA